GGUUCUGACAACUCCUAAAAGGAGGUGGGAGAUAGAUGCAGAAGAUACCGGCGUGGAGUUAUUCUGGAGCAAGUUUGGGGUUGCCCAGGCUGAUUCCUGCACUGGGCAUGUGUUUGUGGGACAAACCCAGCAAAAGCGGCUGCGUGUAGCCCCAAGACGCAAACUUUUUGUAGCCUUUCUGCUCCUCCAGCCUUUCUGGAUGCUGGAGUAGGUGGGUAAGGACAGUGUCCAGCACUGCAUUGGGGCAGCAUCAGCAUCUGUGUGAGCGCAUCUUGGAGCCCACCCAGCUCGCUUCCCUCUUGACCAGGGCUCUCAGUGAUGAACUUGGGGAUUAGAUUCAAUUGUUCAUUGCAGUGUUGUCACUAACUUUCAUGAAUGGAUCUAGAGCCAACCCUCGAGGUGGAAGUGUUGAAAAUAAUCACAGCUCUGCUCCACAGCUGCCAUCUUCUGCAUUAGAAGAGCUCUUAAUCCUGCAGUACCCUCUGUGUGGUAGGCUUAGUUUUGGUCCAUGGUGUAAAGGCUGAGCGUGCUUUUUUGGAAGCACUUGCUGAACGCAGCACAGCAUGAUGUGGGUGCCCUCACAGGGUAGAGCAACUGCUGUCAUGAUUUAAUUAACUAGUUGUUCUGCUGAUCCCCGAGUUUACUCAGGCUUGAAAGAAGUAAACUUAAUUAAAUUAAACAAAGCUUUUUCCUUCCCACACAUCCUCUGGGCCCUUUGGUUUCUUCCGAGAGAUAACAAAAAGCUUAUAAAUAACAGGUGCAGUCUGUUGUUGUUGACCUGUUGCAGAAGGCUAGCAGGAGAGAGAUUAUGCACAGGUGCAGUAUGUGCAUAGCAUCAGAGGAAGAGGGGUUUUAAAUGUUUGGUUUGGGUUUUUUUUAAUUUAAAUUCCUGUGUUAGGUUGGCAAAAGGAUAAAAACGUUGAGGUUUCAGUGUUGCCUGUUGCAGGUCAAGAUAAUUUUGACAAGAAGUAAUGUUCGAGUUGAAACCUUAUCAAAACAGAGGGAAGAGAUAAAAGAGGUUUGAAUUCAGUUCUCAGCUUAUCCAAAGGCUUUCUGUAUUGAACCGCCUUAAGCUGCGUAACCCCUUUGCUGCCUUGCCAUGUGAUUCAGCAGCAGAGCUGGAUUAAGUGUUUUCUGCCAGCCAGAAGGGACUGCCUGUUCAGUUGUACUGCUCAACCGUCUGCCUGCGCGUUUUCGAGAGCACGGUCACAAACUGAAAGCAGUUUCUUUGUCAGGGCACAGGUGGAGCAUGUUGUGUUAAAAGCCCAUCAUUGUCCAAACGUGGCCUCUUCCUCCUCUCCAGUGGAGCUUCCCUUGACUGCAGUUUACGCCUGCCCUCUCCUAACACUGCAUCUUCUUUGCUAGUCUUGAGAAUGUGCUGGAGAGGUUUAUAGAGGGAGAUGUAAUCACAGGAAAGGCAAUUCCCUUUUAUUCUACUACAUGCAUUUAUGUCAUGUUUUGUCAUUUGCCAAUGAUACAGCGUGUGUCUAUGCAGAUGUCGGUUAUGGAGGGCUAUGCCCUAUUUACCAGCAAAUCCCUGAUAACUACUUUUACCAAGUGCUUUUUCAGGUGAAUUUGCACCUGCCUAUCAGGAAAUUCAUUCUAGAAUUCUUGACUGCUUGUACUAACAAGGUAAGAAAAAGUGGGUGGGGUGAAAAAGCUUAAUAAAAGCAGGAAAUACCGAAUCUAUUUAAUCCCCUUUGUCCUCUGGAGCAAUUCUCCCAUCAAUUGAAAACAAAGUUGAUCAAACACAAUCUGUUCUUGCCUAAAAACAGGUUUUAAAAUAAGCAAAUAUUUUGCCGAGGUAGUUUGCCAGAUAUUAAAAAUUAGCUUGACUAAUCCAGAAUGAACUUUUUUUCAUCUUUUCUUUCUAAAAAUUAGUACUGUCUUUUCCCAUCCCUAGUACUUUUCCAUUUAAUUCCUAAAAGCGCCGUGAGUAGAUGGAAGGUUAGUUCACUACGUACACUGGUGUGAACUGUACCAAGCUCUGCUUGCACAAAUGCGUCUUCCUUACAUCUUCCUUAACCUGUUCUGGUCUCGGCUCGCAUCCUUUUGUCAAUAUUCAGUUACACAUCUGCUCACAGUUUGCCACCUUAAUCUUUUAUCCAUUAUCCUGGUUACUGUUUAGCUAAUGCUUUUAGCCUUGAAUAUUCUUAUAAUGUUGUAUUUCUCUGAAACAAAAUUUGGUACCAAGCGUUACUAAAAGCAAAGCCCUCUAAUCAGGCAGAUGAAACUCAUUAGCGUUACAUUUCAAGGAGCCUUUCUUUGAUGCAAACUAAUUAAUUUUGCUCCAUUGCAAAAUUGUCCUAACUAUAAUGGGAGCUAAAAUCUAAUAAGAUAAAAGAAACUCAGAGGGGGGAAAACAUGUCUGUCAUGAGAACACAGCGAGAUGAACAGCUUUUGCCAGUCUUGGAAAUGAUGAUGUCUUUUACAGCUCUGAGGCUGAAUGUUCUGCAAUUGCUGGCGUGUUUAAAGUCCCUACUGUGAAUUGAUGGAUUGACAUUGCUUGCUGGUUUUCAUCCUUACAGCGGAAACAGCCUGUUUUGCCAUGUGAGCACCAGGAUUUCAGCAGAUGGGGCGGUGUGUCAGUGUGUCUGAAGUCUUCAAGCUGAGAACGGUCCUCCAAGCUCAUUUCACUUUGAAACACUAUGGGAUGUAACAGAUUGACUAGGAACGAAAAACUGGCCACAUCCUCCGUUUCGGAAAGACUGAUCGUCUCCAGUGUGGAGUUAAAUAAAUCAAACUACAUGAUGAUUGAUGAUAAUAAAGAGAAUGAAGACCACGCGUCUGAAAGAGGAGGAACAGCCAUCAUUUUUUCCUUGAAGAAUGAAGUAGGGGGACUUGUAAAAGCAUUAAAACUCUUUCAGGAGAAGCAUGUAAAUCUGGUACACAUUGAGUCACGGAAGUCCAAGAGACGAAAUUCUGAAUUUGAGAUCUUUGUGGACUGUGACAGUAACAGGGAACAACUGAAUGAGAUGUUCCAGCUCCUGAAAUCCCACGUCAACGUUGUCUCCAUGAACCCGACAGAGCAUUUCAAUGUCCAGCAAGAUGACAUGGAGAAUGUUCCCUGGUUUCCAAAGAAGAUCUCAGAUUUGGAUAAGUGUGCAAACCGAGUGCUGAUGUACGGGUCUGAUUUGGAUGCUGACCAUCCAGGUUUCAAAGACAAUGUCUAUCGCAAGAGGAGAAAGUAUUUUGCAGACCUGGCUAUGAACUACAAACAUGGUGACCCAAUUCCCAAGAUUGAAUUCACCGACGAGGAGAUUGAGACUUGGGGGACUGUAUAUCGAGAGCUUAACAAGCUUUACCCAACUCAUGCCUGCAGAGAGUACCUUAAAAACUUACCCUUGCUCACCAAAUACUGUGGGUACAGGGAAGACAAUAUCCCCCAGCUGGAAGAUGUGUCCCGCUUCCUGAAAGAGCGCACAGGUUUUACCAUUCGCCCCGUUGCUGGAUAUCUGUCACCCAGAGACUUCUUGGCAGGAUUAGCCUUUAGAGUUUUUCACUGCACUCAAUAUGUUAGACACAGCUCGGACCCUCUCUAUACGCCAGAGCCUGAUACAUGCCAUGAGCUCCUAGGCCACGUCCCUCUUUUGGCUGAACCCAGUUUUGCCCAGUUCUCCCAGGAAAUUGGUCUUGCGUCACUUGGAGCAUCAGAUGAGGCUAUCCAAAAAUUGGCAACAUGCUACUUCUUUACUGUAGAGUUUGGUUUGUGCAAGCAAGAGGGACAGCUACGAGUUUAUGGGGCUGGCUUGCUCUCUUCGAUUAGUGAGCUCACGCACUCACUCUCUGGCAGUGCCAAAGUCAAGCCUUUUGAUCCGAAGGUCACCUGCAAGCAAGAAUGCCUCAUUACAACUUUCCAGGAGGUUUACUUUGUUUCUGAAAGUUUUGAAGAAGCAAAGGAAAAGAUGAGAGAGUUUGCAAAAACCAUCAAGCGCCCAUUUGGUGUGAAGUACAAUCCAUAUACUCAAAGUGUGCAGAUCCUGAAAGACACAAAGAGCAUCGCCAGCGUGGUGAACGAGCUACGUCACGAGCUGGACAUUGUCAGCGAUGCCCUCAGCAAGAUGGGCAAGCAGCUGGAAGUUUAACGCCCCUGUCAGCAGUGUGGUGCACUUGGCAACUUUUUUCUUUUCCCUACUGAUUUCUUUCUAGGAAUGUAAUGUGUUGUGUGCAGAACUCUCUCCUUUAUAAAUGGAAGAGUGAAUGGCCCAUAAGGAUAACAACUUUAUCUUGUUUCUGUGUGAAGUCCCUUAAAGAACGUAUUCCUCCAUGCCCCUUGGAUAAAAAAGGCUGGAGUUGCCUUUGAGAAGCUGGUGGGGGAGUAGAGAAAUUGCUAGACUGGAGCAAAAGUGUGGUCAGUGGAUUAGGGCUGGGGUCAGAUGCUGCAGGAGAUGGCUUCUGAGGCAAUAACGGAGUAAUUUGCCAUAGGAAAAUGUCUGUUUCUGACUCUAGUAGUCUAUGCUACUAAUUUUAUAGCAUUGCGGACUUCAUAGCGUGGAAGCGAUAGUAACCAGUGCCUCUAAGUCUGUGCUACUGAGUUUAAAACUUGAAUGAUUACAAUGCAGGCAUCAGGACACAAAUAGCUGCAGGCUCACCAUGAUUAAAUUGAGGGGUCAAAUUGGGCUUUCAAAGGGGUCAUUCUUGCCCCCAAAGAACUGCACAUGUGCCAUUUGGCAUGCUUCUAGUAUAAGGCAGAGAUACAGAGCUGUUGCAUGAAAUCCCAAUCCUGUUUAUUUUAAAAGAUUUACUAUUGGCUCAGUGUGUCAGGUUUUUUGUUCUUGACCUUGAUAUUGCCCCCAAGGGAAGAUCUUUCUUUACAGAAAUACCAUUUGCCUUUUUCCUGAUUGAAUUAAUUUAGCAAAAAAGUAUAGCAAGCUGUCAGGUACUGAUUUGGCACAAAGCUUAAAACCGCUUCCAAAUUACAAUUUAAUAUUUGAAAUAGUUUCAUUGGUUCUAAAAGAACACCAAAGUUUAACGUAACAGCCAAAGGUCAUAGUCUAGUCUGCUUUUCGUAAGAGUAAGCAUCCUAUUGAUUGCUCAGUCACUUUAUUGACCUGCACAAAGAUGUAUUUUGUUUCUUCUUUACUAGGCCUGAACACCUUCCUUCCCUAUCAAGCGAAAGAUAACUAGAAGGUCCCAGCAUUUCAUAGGAAUUCCCCGGCUGUGAAUGCAACAAGCUACCUUGUAGCAUAAAAUAUAUAUAAUUCCAAAGAGCACUUUACAAGUGGUGGGAAGCACUAUCCUGCUGAAUUGUCCGUGUCACCUAGUAGCAAACUUCCCUGUUUCCAGGGCUCCAUGAUUUCAAGUAUCCUGCACAGCUGCACAAAGCUGUGCCAGCUGCUGUUUCUGCCGCCCCUGCCCACGAAAUGCGUAGAAGAUACACGAGACACUUGAGUGGAAGAUCUGUGAUGUGUUUAAUAGCAUGCUAGGCACUGAUUCUUCAUAGGCAGAGCUUAUCGGGAAAUCCGGAAUUUGUAGCUGUGCAGCUCACUGGAAAAAACGAUUGAAAUCUUAAAUACACUGGAAAUAGUAGCCCAGGAUUUUGAGAGCUUGAAAGGACUUUCAUCAACCUUUUGUGCUUGAAAAUCAGUUUGAGUUUUGUAUGCUUUCUAGUAGGCCACAUCUACUCCAUAAGCAAUCGCUGGCUCAAUCUUUCCAAGUGUAUUCACUGUUUAAAUCAAUCUACAUAUUUUUUUCUGUGACUAUUAACCCACUAUAACCUUUUUAUUAUUUAAAGAACAUGUAAGAUGUAGAAAUAAUGGUCUACGACAUUUAUGGCUUACAUUACACUUCAAAAUAGAUUUUAGGAGCUUUGUCAUUCUAAAGAAGAAACCUCACACGCAUAUAGUAAGGGAGGAUCUAUUUUGUCUGCUUCUGUGAUAACAGUUAAUAUUCAGCUGCAUUUUUAUAAAUGUUGAGAUUAUUAUGUUGUUGAAAAACACAUAGAUCUGUGUUACUUCAAACCUUUAUCUCAACUAUGUAUGCGUUUCAAGUAGGAAACCUUAUACUUGAUAAAUUAGCACCUAAUUUUGAACACUUUGGAAAAACAGCAAUUGUAUCUUUAUUUGCACUUGUGUAGCAAAAAGAUUUAAGUAAACUGCUGGAAGUAAUAGGGAGAUCAUUUCCACAGCAUUAGUAACACAUAUGCUUGGCUUCACACAUCCAAACCUUCUGGCUAUGUAGAACAGUAAUAACUUAAAUAUUUUAAACUAUUACGGAGGCUUUAAAUGUCAAUGAAAUAAAUGACUUUUUGGUAAUUAUUAGAAGAAAAAACCCCAACCCUUGACUUCAGCACUGUAGCAAUAAACAUGAAGCACUCA